CGGGAGGCGUCAGUGUGUGGCGGUGUGUGGUGGUGGGCAGCAGUGCCAAAGGGUGCAUCCAAAUCUGUACCAGCAGCCAGAAAUUAGCAAGAUUGGCUAGAAUAUCGUGAGGCACCAUGCUUUACUUGGUGGUGGGUGUGGCCGCGGUCACCUGGCUGCUGCUGUGGUCCACCACGCCACCGCCGCGGCUGUUGGGGGUGUACAGUCAGCCUGGCUUCUGGUACUGGCUCAAGGUCGUCAUCUUUUACAUCAUAGUCAAAGUCCGUCGCUGGAGUAACAAGACGGGGUCGGGAGCUGAAGUUGGAUAUGGUGUCAAAGCUCGCGACAAUGUGGAGUUAAUGGAGUGUGUGCAGCCACUCUCCGACCACCCCAAGGCCAUUGAUGCUGUGUACUUCAAUGGAGCCAAUGAGAACGGCCACUAUCUGGUGGUUGCCACGGCUCGACGACCAAAGGGGGUCAUCAAUGGCCUCCUAUUUAUCAGGGUGCCUGGCUUGGGGCUGCUACAGUUGCCCAAGAUGCCAGAUACGAUGCUGUUUGGAGAUGGGGAACAGUUUGCCGCUGAAGGUUUGCGUAUCACCCCAGUGAAGCCCAUGUCAGUUUGGAAGAUUCAGUAUGAAGGACCCAUGAAAAUGAAGGACAGCCCCUUGUCCAGGCUGAACGUCAAGCUAGACAUUGAAUGGACCAGUAAACAGCCCUACUUCGACUUCGAUACAGACAUGAGUGCAAGAGCUUUGGCACGAAGCAUUGCCAGGGAACCGUGGUCUCGCCAGUACUUCCAGCAACUCAGAGAAGCACAUCAGAGCCAUUAUGAGCAGAUGGGUCGCAUGGAAGGCACAGUGGUGGUGGAUGGUCAUCCCUACAUUCUUAGGCUUGACUCAAUGAGAGACCACAGUUAUGGACAUAAACGAGAGUGGAAGCUGAUGCACCGUUACGGCCUCCACAUGUUUGCCACCCAGGAUGGCCUACAGGGCAAUGUGGGAAUCAUUUGCCAGCCUGCCACAUGUACUCAGUUAGAAAUGGGGUACAUCAGUGAUGGCGGACAGGUGACACCAAUCAGUAGUGUCAAUCUCCUGUUGUGGCAGCAUGGGGAGAAUGGAUAUCCACCCUCAGACUACUCCUUCUCCUUUGUGGCAGGUGGCAAGGAGUAUGUUGUGGAGGUGUAUGUGGUAGAGGCACCAGAAUUCUACAUUGGUUGGGAGUGGGAGACAAGAGUGGUGGAGCGUAUGGUCACUUACAGGAUAAAUGGUCGCAAAGGAUGGGGUCUUGCAGAGUGGGACUACCGUCACCAUGGUGGUCGUCCUCGUGCAUACAGUUUCACUGAUCCUGCUUGGACAGCUGACCUUGUGAAAGAUGCUGAAGAGGAGAAAAUAACAGUGAAAUCAGAUGAUGAUCCCCAGUGUGUGGUUCACUACCAUGGCCUUGUGGAUGAGAAAACUUCCCGAAUCAUUCUUUUGAGUGACAGAAGUUACAGCAAAUUAAUUGAAUACAAGAAUAUCAGAGAAGAGUUAGAAGAUGAAGCUUAUCAUGAUCAAUGUGAGAGUAUACCAUUUCCUAGCUAUGAUGCAAAGAAACAUGGGUACCAUAGACCUUGUUACAUGAAAUUUAUCAAAAUCAAGGUACAAAAGGAGAAAAAUAAACAAGAAAAUAAUUCUGAAAGUGAGAGAGUAGUUCAAGAUGAAAAUAACUCUGAAAAGGAAAGUAAAAUAAAAAUUGAAAAUGAUCUUGAAUAUGAACUGAAAACUCCUGAAGUAAAUCAUCUUAGCAAUGAAAAAACCAAGGAUAAAAUUAACAUUGAGAACAAAAUUAGAUUUGAAUAUGAUAAUAAUUUGGAAUAUAAUAGCAAACAUGAAAAUGAAAACUGCUCAGAAAAUGAAAACAUAUCUAGGGAUGAACAUCAUUCUAAAGACAACAGCCCAGUGAAUGAUGACUGUCAUUCUGAUUAUGAAAGCAAAAUGAAUGGGAAAAACUAUGAAGAAAAUUAUACAAUUGCAAAUGAUGAGAAUGUCUCUGAAACAAUUGAUGAGAGAUGUCACACUCAAAAUCAGAGUAUAUCAAAAUAUGAAAAUUACCCUGAAAAUCAAGGCAAAACACAAGAUGAAAAUCAUUCCAGUCUUGAUGAAACCAAAGCUGCAAACUGUUCAAAAAAUAAAAACACAUCUUACGAAGAGAUACACGAGAAUUAUUCUGGAAAUGAAAAUUAUAAAACCAAAGCAGGAAACGAUCUUGAAAAUAAUUAUGAAAACAAUCCUAAACACAAUUCUGGAAGUGAAAGUGAAGAUAGACAUUACCCUGACGGUGUACAUAACAGCACUCUUGAAACUUUCUGUGAGACUGAAAAUAAACAUGAAAGUCAAACCAAAGCCAAGAAUAAAAAUUACUCUCAAAGGCAAGGCAACACAAAACUUGAAAAUUACUCUGUAAAACAUAGAUAUUGUGAAGACCAUAAUGGCAUGAGGAAGAGACACAGAAGAACCUAUAUUAGUACAGAGGAUAAGUAAUAAUCUUAAUUAUUUAAGAAACAACAUGAAAAUAGGUGUGCUGAAGUACAGAAAGUAAUUUUAAUUCACUGAGUUUCCUUUUUCUUUAAAAUUCUGUUGUUAUAUUGAGUUUAAAUAAUGCAUCACAUUAUGGAGGUUUAAAAUCUAACUUAGUGCUGACUGCAGCAAUAAUGCAUUUACAUAAAUAAUAAGACUGAAAAAUGCAAUCCAUAUUGCUUGUGAAUAGAAUCAAGUACAAACUAUAACUAGGAGCAUUCUGUAGCUGAAGACAUUAUUCAUUACUUUCAUCUUCCUUUGACUCUAAUAGAAAGUUUUAUUAGAUAAUUCCCUCUCUCCUCUCAUACACACACACACACACACACACACACACACACACACACACACACAGCGGUAGCUCAGUGGUUAGAGCGCUGGCUUCACAAGCCAGAGGACUGG